AUGCGAAUCAUAUCGUUCAUCCCCCUCCUCGGCGCUGGCCUCCUCUCGCGGCACGCCGCAGCCCGGCCCUCCGAAGGCUGCCAGACGGACCAUGAGGUCAACCUCGAACAAACGUACAAUGUCCAAACGGGCGACCGCCGAUACCUGCUCUGGUUCCCCGCCAACUAUAAGCCCACCACUCCGGCGCCGGUGGUGCUCUCUUACCACGGCGGCACUCGCGUCGCUGAGGAGCAGCAGAGACUGGAUCUUUUGAGCACGGCGUACUUCAACCAGGAGUACAUUGUGGUAUACCCCAAUGGCAUCAACGAGACUUGGGAGGGCGUCCCGGACGUCGAAACCGACGACGUCGGCUUCACCAGCUCCAUCCUUGACGAGCUUGAGGCGCAGUACUGCAUCGACACGGACCGCAUCUAUGCCACGGGUAAGUCCCAGGGCGGCGGGCUCGUGGGUGCCCUCGCGUGCGACGAGGACAUGUCGCAGCGAAUCGCAGCGUUUGCGCCAGUCUCGGGGGCCUUUUACAUCUCCGACUUCGGGGAUGUGUGCGAGCCGGAGACGGUGCCCAUCGAGCCGUGCUCCCCGGGCAGGGACGAUAUCCCGGUGCUGGUCUUCCACGGCCUGGCGGACGACACCAUCGCGUACUACGGCGGCCCGAGGAGGGGUGGCUGCCUGCCUUCCAUCCCGUACUGGGUCCGGACUUGGGCCGAGAGGGAUGGCUUGGGCCGGGAGAACGAGACCUCUGCCGUGCCCGGUGCCCCAGAAGGUAGCAGCGCCGUCAGGUAUGAGUUUGGAGAGGGGAUCCAGAAGGGUUUGGUGACCCAUAUAAUGGACGGGACGGACAUCGGGCACGACUGGCCGAGCACGCAGCCCAACAGCGACAACUCACAAGAGGGGCGGCACCCGGCCUCCUUCAACGCGUCGUCUCUGAUCCUCGACUUCUUCGAGGCACACCCGCUCCCGCUAGAUUCGAGAAUCACUGCGUGUGGAGACCAAGACCGCAGGCGCUCAAGAUGA